CAUAUGAAGGAAAAAAUAAUUGAUAUGGAAGAACUCUGGCAAUUUCCAUGUUGUUGGUCUGCAGUUGAUGGGUGUCAUAUCUCGAUUAAAUGUCCUAAUGGAUGUGCAGAGGCAGCCAAAGAAUAUCACAAUUUCAAAAAUUUUUAUUCAAUUGUUUUAAUGGGUUUGAUUGAUGCCAAGUAUAGGUUUGUGUGGGUAAGUGCUGGAUUUCCUGGCAAUACCCAUGAUGCCAUGAUCUUACAGGCAACCCAGCUUUGGAAAGAUAUUAUGGACAACAAUCUUCUUCCUGCUAUUUCAAAGAAGAUUGAGGGCAUUGAAGUUGGUCCUCUUAUUGUUGGUGAUUCUGCUUUCCCGUGUACAACCUGGAUUAUGAAACCCUACACGUUCUCAACACUCCAACCUCAAGAAAAAAACUUCAAUUAUCGUUUAUCUCGAGCUAGAAUGGUGACUGAAUGUGCCUAUGGCCAGCUUAAGGGAAGAUUUAGGAUUCUGUUCAAAUGUGAAUGUAAUGAACAAACAAUGAAAGCAGUCACAUUGGCUUGUGUUAUUCUUCACAAUAUUUGCAUCGAACAUGAUGAACCUUUUCCUCAACAGCCUGACAUAGCUGCUGAUCCAGCCACUUUGGAACGACGAGAUCGGCAAGUUGUGAGAGAUAUGCUUGACAUGCGAAAAUGUGAAAAAGUCAAAGACACAUCCAUUAAUGCAGGGAAAAUACGAGCUGCAUUAAAAGAAAAGUUAUGGAGAGAAAAACUGCAAUAUGGUGUGUGUUGAUUGUUCACUUUGGUAUGUUUAUAACAAACAAGCCAAAUCUUGUCAACAAUAAGACGCUUGAAAAACUGCGAGCUCUAUCACUCUAUGCAUUGUUUUAUGUUAUUAUAAGAUUCAUGUUUUGCACUGUAAUUAACAAAAAUUUUUAAAAUAUGACACAUUGAUAACAAAUAGUUAUAGUUUUAUACCAUAAUGUUUAAUAGUUUUUAUUGUAUAUGUUUGUUAAACAGAUAAAAAGCAACAAAAUUA